AACUGGAAUCAUAUGACAUGUGGUCAUUAUAGCAAAGCCUUCUUCCUAUCUUUCCUUACUUCACCUCAAAACUUUUCUUUGUCUAAUGGCGACUUCUUCGAUCACUAUACCAACCAUCAUUCAGGGAACCAAGUUUCUCGGCCAAACACAUCUACUUUCAACUCCUAACCGAUCGGUUUUCCCACCUCUAAAGCAACAACCAAACGUCCAUAAAGUAAAGGCCAUGGCUAAGUUCAACCUAUGGGAAGUGAUGGGAGGACGAGGCCUAUGCAACGGAGAGAAAGGCAUCGAGAAGGAGCUCAACAGGAACAUAGAGAAAGAAACAUCAAAGGCUUCUGAUAACCAGACAGAGAAAGAGAGCUGCGACGACAGUAACUUGUCGUUUAAAGUACCUGAAGACGGUUUUGAGAAAGAGAUGAUGGGUCUCACCGGAGGUUUCCCCGGUGGCGAAAAGGGGCUCAAAACGUUCAUUGAACAAAACCCACCACAACCUCCUACGAAACAAGGAAGCGAUGUUGUAGCCAUGGUUGCUACGGAGAAGAAGCCUAAAGCUCCGGAGCUACCGCUUCUCAUGCCGGGGAUGAUCGCUAUAGUCAAGAACACAAACAGUCCGUACCACAUGUACUGUGGGAUAGUGCAGAGGAUCACUGACGGGAAAGCUGGUGUGUUGUUCGAAGGAGGCAACUGGGACCGUCUCAUAACGUUCAGGCUUGAAGAGCUUGAACGAAGAGAGAAAGGCCCACCGGGUAAGAAUCCAAAGUCUUGUGUUCUUGAGCCUCUUAUCGAACAGAUGCAAAAGGAGACAACAGCACCAUAAGUCAAGAGAGAGAUGUUUUGCUUUCAUGUGAAUGUUAUAUGUAACGCUACCUUUGAGUUUAUUAGUCUACAAGAACUCUGACUGGUUGUAAAAAAACUUUAUCAUGUGAUGUAAAAAAAAAAAAAGAAUAAAACAUGAGUUUGCAAUUGAGUUGUUGUUUUAUUUUGU